AUGUUACAGAAACAGAAAUUGCUGUGCACUAUAGAAGACACUUAUGAGCGAACAAUCACCGUAGAUGGGGAGGGAGCUACCCUUAUUGUGAUGGACACGUGGGAAAAUAAGGAUGAAGAUAACUGGAAACAGGAUCACUGUAUGCUGAUAGGCGAUGCAUAUCUCAUUGUCUACUCCAUCACUGACAGAGCAAGCUUUGAGAAAGCUUCUGAGCUUCGCAUCCAACUCCGGAGAACACGACAGGCUGAGGAUAUUCCAAUUAUAUUAGUCGGGAAUAAAUGUGAUCUUGUGCGAUGUCGAGAAGUUUCUGUGGCAGAGGGCAGAUCUUGUGCCGUUGUUUUUGACUGCAAGUUCAUCGAGACCUCUGCUGCAGUCCAGCACAAUGUACAAGAGCUCUUUGAAGGAAUUGUGCGACAGGUACGGCUCAGGAGAGACAGCAAAGAAGUAAAUGAACGAAGAAUGGCACAGUACAAAAGAAGAGAGAGCUUCCCUAGGAAGGCCCGACGCUUUUUGGAUAGAAUAGUUGCAAAGAACAAUAAAAAAAUGGCUUAUAAAGUGAGAUCAAAAUCUUGUCAUGAUCUUUCUGUACUAUAAAACGUAUAGAUAGACAUGAUUAAAAUAGUGACUGUUAAUCAUCGACCUAUUAUUGUGAGGGAUAAAAAACUGAAAAUGCUGGAAAUACUGGCAGCAUCAAUGGUUAGACAAAUACUUCAGAUUGAUGUCCUUUCAUUAAAACUUUCUGCAUUUGGAUUAUUGGAAGGUUAUGGAAUAAUCAAUCUAUAUUAGAUGACAACGUAUCGGACUCAGUACGUUUACAAUAUGUUUGAAUUAACAAUCACACAACUUCCCGUGUUGGUGAAUUUUCUCUAUUGUCUGUCAGUGAGGCUUCUCCAAUAUUAAUAUGCUAUUGGACCUGGGUUACAUGUUCCAAAAGAAAUUGUGGCAGGGAAGUCUUAAACUA